AUGAAGCAAUUUCCUGGAAGUGGAGGCAUACUCUGCUUAGCUCCCUUCUUCUUGUUGGCUAGUGAAUUUGUUAUGAGCAGAUUUUCUCAGUCUGGACCGAAAGCUGCUCUAACGUCCAAGAAAUCCUCCUUACUUUUCCCAUCAAAUAAUCACGAUAAAUACAGCAAUAUCGGUCCUUAUCGAAUUGUUGACUCCAGGUCUAAAUGA